UACGUUGCAUGGCACGUGUCAGCUAUUGGUGUAUGAAUGGUAUAAAAUAGGCAGCACCGCAUAGGGAAGACCAAACGAAUUCAAAGGAUCUUCUAAAGAAGUACAAGACGGUUCUCUACUAUCAUUGUGCAACAGGUUAAAACUCUAUUUCGUUGGCAAAUUAAAAUGAAUCUACUACAAGGUUGGUUUUCGGUGCUAUUUAUCGUUGAAUUUUCGGAAUUUCAAGGAAAACAUGGCUUUUUCUCGCAAGCUCUUCUCAAGGGCGAAGUGAUUGAAACUAUGUCACAGGCAAAGUUUGUAGCUGGAAUCCAAGUCCCCACAAACCAUCCAAAUGAUGCCAAUACAAAAAUGAUGAAUGUUUGUACCGCAUUUAUUCUGUCGAAAACGGAAAUUAUCACGAAUGCCCAUUGUGUGUAUGACGCCCCAUAUGUUCAUGUGGUAGCUGGUACGAAAGUUGUAUCAGAUGCAAACCAGAAAAUUAAAAUCAAAGUCGAAAAAGAGAACGUUGCAUAUCACCCUUAUUUUAGUCAUUUAAUUUUUGGUGCAUUUGAUAUUGCCAAAAUUACACUGAAAACGCCGUUAAAAUUCAGCGAUACCGUUGGUAGUAUCGAACUCGUGGAUAAGGAUUACAAAUUGAAUAACCCAUCAGAAUUGGUCACUGCCUAUGGAUAUGGCGUGUUGAACAAUAUCAGACCAUUGAUAUUGAGGCGUUGCGAUGCGAACUAUAUGUCUGAUGUCGAACGAGCCAACACAUUUAAUCCAAGUCAUAUUUUGUACUUUACAACUGGUGAAGCUACGAAUGAUGGCGAAAUUAUAACAGGUGGCGAUUCGGGUGGACCAGUCGUUUCAAAAACAAAUGGCAAAAUCGUGGGCAUAACAAUGGGUAUAAAUGGGACAACAGCUGGCCGCGGAAUGUUCCUUCCAAUUACUCUAUUCCUUGAUUUUAUUCGUGACCCAAAGAGCGUGAAACCAAUUCCACCUCCGCUUACACCUAACGAAGCUAAAUUUAUUGCCGAUAUAACGGUACCGGGAAAAUUUCUUACUGCUUACAAAAAAGAUUUUGCCGAUGCUGACGAAAAUGUUCAACUAAAAUUCCAUGCAAUCAUUUUGUCGAAAACGGAGAUUUUGACCUGUGCGCAUGGUGUGCUCGGCGCCCCAUAUGUCUACGUGACCGUUAAUAAACUAUCAAGAAAUGCGACACAACUCAAAGUCACUGAAGACCAGAUAGAAAUUCAUGAGAAAUACGACGCAUUGUCUGGAUUCGCAUUUGACGUUGCCAAGUGUCUAUGA